AUGGCCAGAGAAAGUCAAGUACCUCAACCGGGUCCUGCCCGCCUGUCGCCCGGCGCCGGCCCCGACGAAUGGCUGGAGCAGGCUAAGCAGUGCAAGUACCUGCCCGAGGCCGACAUGAAGCGCUUGUGCGAGAUCGUAAAGGAAUGUUUGAUGGAGGAGUCCAAUAUCCAGCCAGUCAACACCCCUGUCACCGUAUGUGGUGACAUCCACGGCCAGUUCUACGACCUGCUCGAGCUGUUUGCCGUCGCCGGUGGCAUGCCCUGCGACAACAAUCCGAACGAACCUCAGUCAGAAGCUCCGGAGCCUGAACCUGUCAAAGCCAAAUCUCCCAUGCCCAAAGGCUUCUCGGCGGCCGAUAUCGAACCUCCUUCUCAGAUCAACGACCCCCGAGUCAAGCGCAAGAUGAAGCGUCGCUUCCAACGCGAUAGUGCAUACACCUCAUCCGCUUCGAAUGCCUCGGACGAUGCCGGCGAAGAUUUUGAAGCUGAUGAUGGCCAAGAGGGGAGCGAACUCAGAGGUCGCGUGAGAAACGACGAGGACGACAGCGAUAGCGGCAUUGGUGGCAGCCCGGAAGCCUCGAGGAAAAAGCAGCCUGGGUCCAGCAGCAACAACAACGGGAAGCAGAACUUCAUCUUCCUUGGCGAUUUCGUUGACCGCGGCUACUUCUCCCUCGAAACCUUUACACUGCUUAUGUGUCUCAAAGCAAAGUUCCCGGAUCGCAUCACCCUCGUGCGCGGAAACCACGAAUCCAGACAGAUCACUCAAGUUUACGGCUUCUACGAAGAGUGCCAGACCAAGUACGGAAACGCCUCGGUCUGGAAAUCUUGUUGUCAGGUCUUCGAUUUCCUGGCUCUUGCCGCAAUUGUCGACGGCAAAGUGCUGUGUGUACACGGAGGUUUGAGUCCUGAAAUUCGUACAUUGGACCAGAUUCGCGUCGUUGCUAGAGCACAGGAGAUUCCGCAUGAGGGUGCUUUCUGCGAUUUAGUAUGGAGUGAUCCCGAGGAAGUCGACACAUGGGCUGUCAGUCCCAGAGGCGCCGGUUGGCUGUUUGGUGAUAAGGUCGCUACAGAGUUCAAUCAUGUCAACGGCUUACAACUCAUCGCCCGUGCUCAUCAACUGGUCAAUGAAGGCUACAAGUACCACUUCAAGAACCAAGACGUAGUAACGGUUUGGUCGGCACCGAAUUACUGCUACCGCUGCGGUAAUGUUGCCAGCAUCAUGACACUCGGCGAAGACCUAGAACCAGACUUUACGAUCUUCUCCGCUGUACCGGAUCACCGACGCGCCGUUCCCGCGGGCAGAGGAAGGACAGGAGAAUACUUUUUGUAA